GUCACCAUGACGUAACAUCCGACGUAACAAAAAUGGCGGCGCUCUUGCCAAGCACAAUGGAUGCCGCUUGUUAAAGUGAGCCGCGUACUUCGAGUCAACCAGGAUUGUCACAGCGGUUUUUUACGCCGGCGACUUCAUGUUAAAGGCGGCCAGUGCAGGCCCCUCUUCAGCGGUGGCGUCCCCUCAGCCCAUGAAGGACCCCAAAGAAAAUGCGGCCAUCGGUCCGCAGGCCAUGUUGGACCACAUCAAGCCGUGCUGGUAUUGGGACAAGAAGGAUUUGGCGCACACGCCGUCUCAGUCCGAAGGCCUGGACCCGGGCACCGAAGCCCGCUAUCGCAGGGAAGGCGCCCGCUUCAUAUUCGACGUGGGGACCCGACUCGGAUUACAUUACGACACGCUGGCGACGGGCAUCAUUUACUUCCACCGCUUCUACAUGUUUCACUCUUUCAAGCAGUUUCCCAGAUAUGUGACGGGCGCUUGCUGUCUCUUCCUUGCUGGCAAAGUUGAGGAAACGCCUAAAAAGUGUAAAGACAUCAUCAAGACGGCUCGCAGUUUGCUGAACGACGUUCAGUUUGCUCAGUUCGGAGACGACCCCAAGGAGGAGGUGAUGGUAUUGGAACGAAUUCUGCUGCAGACCAUCAAGUUCGACCUGCAGGUGGAGCACCCGUACAUGUUCCUGCUGCGAUACGUCAAGCAGCUCAAAGGGGAGAAGAAUAAAGUGUGCAAGGUUCUCCAGAUGGCUUGGACCUUCGUCAACGACAGCCUGUGCACCAUGCUUUCACUGCAGUGGGAGCCUGAAAUCAUUGCGGUGGCCGUCAUGUACCUCGCGGGCCGCCUGUGCAAAUUCGACAUCCAGGAGUGGACUGCCAAGCAGUCGUCGCGCCGCUGGUGGGAGCAGUUUGUACAGGACGUUCCCGUGGAACUUUUAGAAGACAUCUGCCAUCAAAUUCUGGACCUAUACUCGCACGGCAACAAGCCCAUCCCACAGCAAAUGCAGGAAAAGGAGCGGGCGUCCACAGCACCCCCUUUGACCCCAGCGCCUCCAGCACCGCAGUCUGUGGCCGUCCCGCCCCCACCGCCGGCUAAAAAGACGUCCCCUCAGGGCACCAGUCCUGCGCGACAGCUUAAGCGAUCACACCCCUCCCCCAAGGAAGAACCAAAGCCUCCAGAACAAGUGGGAGCAAAGAUUCCUCGACUGGAGAGUCCCAUGCCACCACUACCGACGUCACAACCGCCACCCGACCGCAAACCCGCCGCCCCCGCUCCACCCGCCGAAGCGGAACCCCCUAGCGAAGCGGCCCCACCACCCCCCCACGCGCCGCCGCCCAACCAGCCCCCUCCCCUUCCCCACCGGCCUCCGCCUCCACCGCCCUCCAACUACGUCAUGUCCACCAGCAGCUCGUACAUGUCGGGCGAGGGCUUCCAGAGUCUCCAAUCCAUGAUGAAGACAGAAGCGCCCGCCUACGUGCCCCCCAUGCCACCCGCCUAUGCGCCCCCUAUGCCACCUUACCACGUCUACCCGCCACCUACCGCUCCGCCCCCUGCGCAUCCUCCCCCUGCCGGUUACCCGCCACCCACCAUGCCCCCUAGCUACCCUCCUCCAGGCUACACCGGCUUCCCCCCACCGCCGCACAUUCCCCCGCCCGUCAUCGGUUACCCACCUCCGCCCGUUCCCCAAGGCCAACCGCAGGUACCUCUCCCUCCUCCGCCCGGCAUGCCCAUGAAUCGGACCGGCUGGAUGAGAUGAUCCUCAGCCAAAACAUCCUAAAAAUGGCGCCAUUUUAGUUUAUUCUUACUUAAUUCUUAAUUUCUGUCACUCCUUGGAAGAAAAAUCACAUCUAUGUAUAUAGCAUUGUUCAAAGUGCAUAUUUUGGAUUCCUUCAUUUCAUGAAAGAAAGCCUUUUCCACUAAAAUAAAAAUUUAAGCAUCUUAUCAGCAUGAUUGAGGUGGAAUGUCUGGAAGUGAAGCCUUAAUUCAGAAGUCGGCAACCCUUUGGCUAUUGAUCAUGUCACCCAGUGAAAGAUGAUGAGGAUUGAGACUGUUGUGGACCAAUUUUACCAUUAGAGGGCAAUACGUAUUGGUAAAUAAACAAGAAAUCAAAGCUGUAAAACAAUUUCCAUGUUAUGAAAUUGGAAAACAAAAUUGUGCGUAAACUGUUUUCGAGUUUGCCUAGCCCAAAUUUAAACCAUUCCUGGACAAGAUGCGAAGACACUAGGAAGCCUGCUGCAUUAGCCCACGAGUACGUACGAGGCGGCCAUGUUGGAGAUGUCGCAUGUUCCCGUCGAAGGUUUGCACGGAAUUGAAAAGUAAGUCGUAACUUGUCUAUUUCAAUUUUAGUUUUGUGGCUUGUAAAAGUAUAGUUUCUUAACGAUUUUUAUGAAGAAAAUACAUUAGUUUGUGUUAAUGCUAAACUAGCUAGACUUUAGCUAAAAGGCAAAAAAAAAAAAAUCAUACAGUUUUAUUUGUAUUAUGUUUUUUUGUCACAUUGUUUUCUUUCUGUUGGAAAUUAUUCAGUGAAAAUAGGUUGCAACUUGCAACCCAUUCUGUAAUUGAGCUUUUAGUAACAAUUAACAUAGCCAGUCUAUUCAUGUCUACCACCCACUGUUGGUUUUUUCAGCCAUUUUAAUUUUCGUCUUUUGGACGAAAAUACUUAUUAUCAGGACUGUCAAAAGAUUAAAAUUUUUAACCGAGUUAAUCACAGCUUAAAAAUUAAUUAAUCGCAAUUCAAACCAUCUGUAAAAUAGGCCAUAUUUUUCUGUAAAUUAUUGUUGGAAUGAAAUGAUUAGACACAAGACUGAUAUUUACAUUCAACAUACUGUACAUACGUACUGUAUUUGUUUAUUAUAACCAGGGGCGCACAUAAUUUUUUUUGCCCAGGUUCUCGGAGGAGGACCUGGAGAUGUGACUUGGUCCUCAUUGAGCUUGAGAACCGACGCGCCUGAUGCGAUAAAUUUAUGACAAGCUUUACUUAGAGCCAAUUAACUUUAAUUAAUUAUAUUAACAAUUAAUGCUUGAUUAACAUCAACUGGCACAACAAAAUUGCCAUGACUUUGAAGUGAAAUGUAAAGAAAUAAAAAGCACCAAUUCAAAAUAAAGGGCAUUAUGCGGCUCCCACAUUAACUCCAAACCUUUUUAAAAGUGGGAUGUCCUCUUCAUAAGACCUCAUUGAACGUGCAUGUUUAGCUUUGUAAAAUGCGAGCAAAAACACGUUUGUCAGUGCAUGUCGCUGUUCAUUACCUUUAUUCCGCCACUUGUCCAUAGGGCGAGUGGGGUCCUGUUUGACAUCGAUAGUUUGCUUAAUUGCCACAUGCUCUCUUUUUUUCGUGCUUUUCAGUUUGGAUGGCUGAAAUUCUUUGACCCAACAUAAAAUGCGCUGCUCUUAUCGGCGACAUUGGGAUUCUCACGGCACAUUUUAUACCGCAUUUCCGUGCGAGCAUCAUUUGCUUCUAGCCAUGGUACCUCCUGUAGCCACUUUUCAGCAAAAGUCCUUUUUUUCGGUAGCUCCGAUGACGUCUGUCGUGUGUCUGUCUUUUGACGGGAGUGGGGGAACACGGAAGUAAUUACUCAAUGUGGCCUGCCUCUUCGACAUUUUGAGAAGUUAUUUUCUCGUGUCCGCCGCAAAUACAGUGGUCAGCCAUCGGUACGCAAAAGCGUAUGGAAGACGUUGAGGGCCAGCGCGUUUGUCUACGUCCAGUACGCAUGUGGCCAUGCGGACCACUUAUGUGCACCCCUGAUUAUAACAAUAAAUCAACAAGAUGGCAUUAACAUUAUUAAUUCUGUUAAAGCGAUCCAUGGAUAGAAAGACUUGUAGUUCUUAAAAGAUAAAUGUUAGUACAAGUUAUAGAAGUUUUAUAUUAAAACCUCUCUUAAUGUUUGUUUUAAUAAAAUUUGUAACAAUUUCAAUCAAAAAAUAAAUUAGUAACUCGCCAUUGUUGAUGUCAAUAAUAAUUAUGGUGCUAAAACCCAUAAAAUCAGUCGCACCCAAGCGCCAGCAGAGGGCGACAAAACACCAAAAAACAAGUAACAAGUGGAAAUGACACUUUGCUGUCAUUUUAAUCUGUUUGAGCAGGGCGUGUGUUAAAUGUGUCAAAUAUUUUAACGUGAUUAAUUUAAAAAAUUAAUUACCGCCCGUUAACGCCAUAAUUUCAACAGCCCUACUUAGUCAUAUUUUAGUCCUUUCAAAAUGUGUUCGUCUUUGUCUAGUUUUAGUUAAUGAAAACUCAAAUUUCGGCUAGUUUUCGUCGACAGUUCUCAAAAUGUUUUCGUCUUCAACUUCAAAAGUUUUAGUCCAUAAAGGAAUAAAAGGUUUCCAACUAUUUUGACUGAACGUGACAGACGAGCACAUAACUGUAGAGUCUACAAGAUUAUCAACAUUUUCAUGACGACAAUACACACUCGGGGAAGACGGCACAUUAUUUGCAACUAAUUAAAACUCACCUGGAUGCCA